AUGGGCCUAAAAGGUGCUCAGCAUGACGUGGACAGCAACGCCACGGGGCCAACCCCUAGCGACGAAGACAAACUGUCUAGCCAGGGGACCGCGCCGGGAGGUAAAUCGAAUGAUGUCGUUCCUGGCCCGCCCAAUGGUGGCAUGAAAGCAUGGCUUCAGGUACUGGGCAGUUGGUUUCUGGUGUUCAACACGAUGGGCACGAUUGUGACCUUUGGUCUCUAUCAAGCUUAUUAUGAGCGUGGGGCUAUUUUCACACAGUCCUCCGCCAAUAUCUCAUGGAUAGGCUCCAUCCAGUCCUUCAUUUUCUUCGCCUUGGGGGCUCUCACCGGGCCCGUCUACGACCGUGGCCAUCUACGACUGCUUCUAGUGGUCGGCUCAUUUUUCAUCGUGUUUGGACACAUGAUGCUGUCGCUCUGCCAAGAGUACUGGCAGAUCGUCCUAGCCCAAGGCUUCGUUGUCGGCGCCGGCGGCGGUUGCCUCUUCGUCCCGGCUCUGGCGGUCGUCCAGCCGUACUUCAGCACCCGUCUCGGCAUGGCCCUAGGUAUCAUAGGCACAGGCAGCUCGAUUGGGUGUAUUAUUUACGCCGUCAUGUUCAUCAACCUGAUCGAUCGCGUCGGUUUUGCAUGGACAGUACGCGCCCUCGGCUUCCUGUCACUCGGCACGCUUUGCAUCCCCAUCAUCGUCAUGCAAAUGCGCGGCAAGCCUCCGGCCGCUCGCAAACUGCUGGACAUCUCUGCAUUCACCGACCGCACAUUCCUACUCUCCAUCCUCGGGUGCUUCCUUGGAUACGGUGGCUGUCAGGUCUCCUUCUUCUACAUCGCCUAUUACGGAGAGGUCAAAGGCUGGCUGGCAGGGAACCUAGCCCUCUACCUCCUGCCUAUUAUCAACGCAGGCUCGAUUAUCGGGCGCGUGCUCCCGAACGUCCUGGCCAUUAAAAUUGGCCCCGUGAAUGUCAUUAUACCUGGCUCGGUUCUCAUAGCAGCCGUGCUGCUUUGUAAUCUUGCCGUUACAAAUGCAGCAGGCAUUGUCUGCGUCGCCAUCUUUUUGGGGAUUCUCUCUGGCACAUUCAUAUCACUUCCACCCCUGCUGUUCAUGGCGUACACUAAAGACAAGACAAAACUGGGCGCUCGUAUGGGCAUGGCGUACGCAGUCAUUGGCCUGAGUGUGCUACCUGGUGGCCCCGGCGCAGGCGGCGUCCUACAGCAUGACGGGGACUCGCUUGACUGGACGGCGGCAUGGACAUAUGCCGCUGCUCUGCUGCUGUCUGCCUGCUUGGUAUUUUGCGUGCUUCGUUUCACACUUGCCGGCUUCAAGCUCAGGGCCAAGGCCUAG